AUGUCUCCCCCCGCAGCUCCGCCUGUCUUGGAUUUCGCUCCAUUCUAUGAGAAGGAUAGCGACGCGAAAUCCAAGCUGAUCGAAGAGGUGCGCGAAUGCUGCCACUACAACGGAUUCUUCCAGAUAACUGGCCACCGCGUCCCCUUGGGGUUACAGCGCCGCGUAAUGGAUUGUUCCAGGCGCUUCUUCGAUCUCCCUCUGGAAGAAAAACUAAAAAUUGACAAGAAUCUCAAUUCGUUCAACCGAGGCUAUGAACUCCUCCGAUCGCAAAUGCUGGAAGUGGGCACCGGACCAGAGCUGAAAGAAGGCCUAUACAUUGGCGAGGAAAUCCCUACAGACCACCCCUACUAUUUGGAGAAGAAGUUGAACAGCGGCCCCAACCAAUGGCCACCUACCGUUCCCAACCGGGACGAAUUCGAACAAACAACCAUGGAAUACUAUCACGCAGUCUUCGAUCUUGCAAAGGAUGUUUUGGGAGUACUGGCUCAGACGCUAGGAGUAGAAUCAUCCUUCUUUGACCCUCUCACAGACGGAGCGGUCGCGACAAUGCGCUACCUGCACUAUCCGGCACAGCCGCAAGACACCGACGAGAAAUUGAACCGCGGCAUCGGAGCGCAUACCGAUUUCGGAUGCAUCACUCUCCUUCUGCAGGACGAGGUCGAUGGCCUACAAGUGCUGGAUGCACCAUCGGGACAAUGGCUGGAUGUCAAACCAGUUCCCGGAGCUUAUGUGGUGAACUUGGGUAACCUCUUCAUGCGCAUGGCAAACGACAAAUACAAAUCCAACACCCAUCGUGUGAUUAACAAAUCCGGUCGAGAGAGAUACUCGAUUCCGUUCUUCUUUAGUGGAAAUCCGGAUUAUGUCUGCGAGUGCUUGCCUAACUGCCGUGAAGAGGGUGAACCUGCCAAGUACAGUCCAAUUACUGUGCAAGACAUGGUAACGGCGUCUUACAAAGAGAGCUACGGCCGCGCUGAGGCAUUCAAGAGGAAUUUGGAUGUAACGAGGGCGCCUGUAACCCCGGCUGUUGCUGUGGUCGGUGCUUAG